ACGAAGACCCCAACUUAAAUUUCAACUAUUCUCCUCAAACGGCGCGUGCUCGAAACAUGACACAUGCUCCGACAGUGUAUAUAAACGAAGACGCGACUUUUUCCCCGCAGCGCUCCCCGUGAAUCGCAAUUCUCCGUCAAUUCAAUUCCAAAUUACACACACAAACAAUACACAUACAUAUGUCAUAAUUAUUUAAUUUACAGUAACGGAUCUAAAUUGAUCAAAGCCCUCGGCAUGUCUAAUAAAUCUCUGCCGUACUCUACCAAAGAUUUACACUACGAUAACGCUAAGUUUCGCCCCCGUUCUAUUACCAAGGUGAUUUCUCAUAAUCUGAUCACUAAUAACAUGAAGCGCGACUGUAUGACAUGUAGCACCGGGAAAUUUCUCAUUCUUCUGUUGAUCUGUGGCAUGGCAUUUCUUGUGCUAUCUCAUCCAAGCUCUAUUCAUUCUGUUUCCGAUGGUCUGACGGAAGAUAUUGGUGAUUUGAAAGGAAAUGGUUCACUCUUGGAAAAUAGUAAAAGAUUAGGGUUCUGGAGAAAACCUCCAAGGCUUCCUCCUCGCUUAACACCUGAUAAAUUGAAUAACAAGAGCAAAUUUAUUCAUAGUUCUGAGAAGCUAGACACUACCGCAUCAUUUAGGCAACAAGAAGUUAAAAAAGCAUUUGUUCAUGCAUGGUCAGGAUACAAACAGUUUGCCAUGGGAUAUGAUGAACUCAUGCCAUUAAGCAAGACAGGUGUUGAUGGUUUAGGUGGUCUUGGUGCUACUGUUGUUGAUGCUUUAGACACAGCAAUGAUAAUGGGACUUGACGAUGUCGUGUUUGAGGCGGGCUCAUGGAUUGAAACCCAGCUUCCUGACAGAAUUAAUGAAAAAGGUCAAGUCAACUUGUUUGAGACUACGAUACGUGUAGUGGGUGGCCUGCUCAGUGCUUACCAUUUAAGUGGUGGAGAAGAAGGCAAGAAUUUAUAUACUAAAGGACCAAGGCCAAUUGUCUAUUUAGAAAAUGCAAGAAACUUGGCUGAUCGUCUUUUGACUGCAUUUACAGCAAGUCCAACUGCUAUUCCUUACAGUGACGUUGUUCUACGUGAUAUCAAAGCAUAUCCUGCCCCUGGUGGACUGAGUAGCACUUCAGAAGUUUCCACUUUGCAACUUGAGUUUAAUUAUCUUAGUGAUCUCACAGGUGAUCCAAAGUACGGCUUGGAAUCAAUGAAGGUUUUAGAACAUAUGAAAAACCUUCCAAAAGUUGAAGGACUGGUCCCUAUUUACAUAAGCCCUUCAUCUGGCGAAUUCAGUGGCAGUAAUAUCAGACUGGGAUCUAGGGGAGACAGCUACUACGAAUAUCUUAUUAAAGUAUGGCUUCAGCAUAGGGACAGAAACUACACAUAUUUAUAUGACAUGUAUGCAGAAGCAAUAAAAGGUGUCAAACACCUUCUUGUUCAAAAAUCUACUCCAAACGGAUUGGUCUUUGUUGGGGAGUUACCUUCUGGGUAUGGUGCUGAAUUCAGUCCAAAAAUGGACCACUUGGUUUGUUUCCUUCCUGGGACUCUUGCACUUGGUGCUACCAAAGGUAUAACGAAGGAAAAGGCUAUGAGAGAAAAUUUGCUCACUUUCGAAGACAUUGAAAACCUGAAGCUUGCAGAAGAGUUGGCAAAAACAUGCUUUGAGAUGUACUCCGUAACUGCCACUGGUCUUGCUCCAGAAAUAGCCUACUUUAGUGUGAAGGGGGACUCUGAAGAAGGUUCUGAUGGUGGAAACAAAAGUUCAAAGUAUCUACAUGACAUAAUUAUCCACCCUGCUGAUCGUCACAAUCUCUUACGUCCUGAAACUGUUGAAUCAUUGUUUGUCUUGUAUCGUAUCACAGAAGAUCAGAAAUAUCGUGAAUGGGGUUGGGAAAUAUUUGAGGCAUUUGAGAAGUAUACAAAAGUUGAUUCUGGAGGUUACACUUCUUUAGAUGAUGUUACUGUGGUUCCUCCUCGAAGAAGGGACAAGAUGGAAACCUUCUUCUUGGGUGAAACGCUGAAGUAUCUAUAUUUACUGUUUUCAGAUAACAAAACUAUUCCCUUGGAUGAGUUUGUUUUUAACACAGAAGCUCAUCCAUUGCCAAUCAGAAGUAAUGCUAAGAGGGAAUGAUAUUCUGACUGCAGCACUGGCAAUUGUACAAUUCCCAUCUUGUUGUUCCUCUAAAUGGAACCAUGUAAUGAACAUUGUUCAAUUGUUGUAUCUUAAAGCAGUAGGGAUCCUGGCCCAUUAUAUUGACAAAUAGCAUUGGGGAUAACUUCAUUUACUCAUCUACAGUGCACGACCUCAGGCUGCCUCUUAACACACUAAAAUUCCCAAUUACGGGAAAAGGUUUUGGAGUUCUUUAUACAGUACGCGUGGCGUAAUACAUCAUUGCAGUGUUGCAUGUUGAUCUUCUGUUUAUUAUAUCUGUCAGGAUAACCUUAACUAUAUUCUAGACUGUUGGUCGGAUAAGUGGAAGUUUCUUCUCAGUUU